UCUGAUACCCUUUCUAAAUUCCUCAAAGGGCUCCACCUUCCUCCUCCCCACCAACCUUCAGUUUUCCUGUUGUUUUCUCUAUAAAUACAGUCUCUCAUUACAUUCAUACAUCUCUUGUGAGCUUGUUUAUUGGUCUCUUGUAUUAAUGACCAACUCCUAUUUAGUGCACUAGCUUUUUUGUUUUCUGUUACAUUAUGUAACACAGGCCAACUGCCUGCCUGCCUGCUUGGUUUUUAUAUCAUUAAUGUUGAUGUUUGUGAGUAGCCUGGAAUACUGCCUUGUUCAUCAUCAGACUACUGCUUAGCAAGAAGAUUUCAAAGUAUGGCUGGAGGCGGCUGUUCUAAGGACACGGCGGUGGAUUUUGGAGAUCAACCCCAUGUCUUAGCCGUGGAUGAUAACCUCAUUGACAGAAAACUGGUGGAGAAGUUGCUCAAGAACUCCUCUUGCAAAGUAACUACCGCAGAGAAUGGGCUGAGGGCAUUGGAAUAUUUGGGGUUGGGAAAUGAUCAGAGGAGUGCCAUGGAGGGCACUGUCUCAAAGGUCAAUCUAAUAAUAACAGAUUAUUGCAUGCCUGGAAUGACAGGGUAUGAGCUGCUAAAGAAAAUUAAGGAAUCAUCAGUUCUGAAGGAGGUUCCUGUUGUAAUCAUGUCCUCUGAAAAUAGCCCAACUCGCAUUAGCCAGUGCUUAGAGGAAGGUGCUCAGAUGUUCAUGCUGAAGCCCCUCAAACAGUCAGAUGUGAAGCAGUUGAAAUGCCAUUUGAUGAAAUGCAGAAGCUGAAAAUAGAUUUUUGUUUAAUUCUUAAUUAGCCAUGACCAAGAUUAAUGUAUGGGAAAGAUUUGUAAUGAGAAUCACUUCACACUCACAUUUUCCAGUCUUUCA